ACCAGGACUUGGUCGCCGCCAUGCUGGGCUACAGCUUCGUCACGCUCGACGACGAGCAAAAGGCCACCAGGCGCCAUCUCCUGGAUCAAUACGCCAUCGUAGCCCAGUGGUCUGUCCUUGUUCCUCUUCUCCUACCCCAGCUGGCUUUCCUUGCGCGAUGGGCAUUCCGAAACUGUACUCCGGAGCGACCUCGUUCUCCGCACCCACAAGCGACCAGCCGCAAUCCAAAAACUUGCAUCGCGCGGGUGGAGCAAGCCUACAACCAGUUACGAUGGUGGGCAGAUGAGCCCAUACGUCGAGGAUGGUUCACCAAAGGUGAAACUCUUCUAGGGCUGAUGUGGACCGCUUGGCUUUUCUUCCUCUGCAUUCACAAGACCGGCAAUGAUUAUCUUCACCUUACCAAGCGCUUCGGCAUCGUGGCGGCCUCCCAAUUGCCACUGCACUAUCUCCUUGCUAUGCGUUCCUCUCAUUCCCCUAUUCAACUGCUGACCCGACUCUCCUACGAGCGUGUUAUCAUGUUGCAUCAGAUCUUUGGAAAGAUUCUCACCUUCUUUUUUGCUUUGCAUGCUGGUUUCUACUUCAACUUCUUCCUUCAGUCAGGACUUAUCCAGAAGCGUAUCCGGGAAGUGGAUGUCAUCACCGGACUUAUUAGCUUCAUAAUGUUUUCCGUCAUGAGCACCACCGCCCUCGGAGUCAUACGGAAGUGGAACUACCGCGUCUUCUACACGAUACAUGUUUCAACGGCCAUCAUCGUAGUCGACGUGCUCAUCUGGCACGUUCAGCACCUGCGCACUUAUGUGUUCGAAGUGCUUGCCGUUUGCAUACUCGCCGCCAUUCUCAAAGGCCGCAAAAUGCACCAAUUUUCCGGGACCAUUACCCUGAUACCAGGAACUAAUCUGGUCCAAGUCGCAAUCCCAGUGCCAUUUGAGAAGGAUGCAAAAGAGUUGUCACCUGGCCAGCACGUCCAUUUGAGCAGACCACCCUUAGGCCAGCUCUCCCUUAGCGCCGUGAAUUCGCUUGUCAUACGGCGUCGCACCAAUCCCUUCACAAUUGCCUCCUUGCCCUCCAAAGACAAACAACUGCUCUUGGUUGCGCGCACUCUCAACGGAAAUACUAAGCGGCUCGUGGAACUUGCCAAAUCGCUACGCGCACAGUCAGAUGCCGGUGCCGCACCUGUGAGCAUACCACUGACGAUUGAAGGCCCGUAUGGCGCAUCGUCCCGCUUCCCCAAUUUUCGCGAGUUCGACUACGUCUUGUUGGUUGCCGGUGGUGUCGGCGCGACCUUUACCAUACCAAUGUAUCGUGCCAUAGUCGAGGCAACGAAUGUUGGGGAAAAUGACCCUGUCAUCAGAGCCCGAGUCAGGUUUGUGUGGGCUGUGAAACGGCUCGCAGAAACGCGAUGGGCGUUUCCUAAGCACUCUGGUGCUGGUGUUGAAGUGUCGGAUGAUGAACAUGAGCGCCCAAGAAAGUCGGUAGAGGUGUUUGUGACACGCAGUCCAUCUGACGGGGAGCGCGAUGAUCAGGGUCUUCUGGACGACCUUGAGCUUGCGGAUGGUGACACCUUGCUCCAGGAGGACACGGAAAAGGCGCACGGCAUGGUCGUGGGACAUGGACGCCCCGACCUGCGUGCUAUUGUCGAUGAGGCCUUCACUAGCUGCACCGGCAAAGUCGCAGUUCUUGCCUGUGGGCCUGAGAGCAUUAUCAAGGAGUUGCGGCAGUGCGUCAAACCUUGGGUCUUUAGGCAGAGAGAUGUGUUUUGGCAUCAUGAAUCAUUUGGCUUAUAGAUGAGGUUUGAAUGCAUAGAUUUUGUACAAACCAACCGAACCCGGCAGGCAUGCUAGUAACCCGAGAGAACGUCUAUGGAUGGCAACAAGCAUAA